AUGACUACAGAGAUCCAUAAAUACGGUACAGACGAUGGCUGGCACGGAGUAAUCAAGGAAGGCGGGGAAUUUCCGCCAGAGAAGGAUAGGUACCACUUGUACAUAGGUCUCUUCUGCCCUUUUGCCCAUCGUCCAAACCUUGUUCGACACCUCAAGCACCUCACUUCAACCCUCCCUAUAUCAGUUGUGCGUCCGUACCCUAAAGGCGAGCCUGGCUGGCGCUUCGAUGAAACGUACCCCAAUGCGACGCCUGACCACCUCUUCAACAGCCGGUUCAUGCACCAGCUCUACUUCCGCGACGACCCGGCAUAUACUGGCAGAUACAGCGUCCCGCUGCUAUGGGACAAGAAGACGAAUCGUAUUGUGAAUAACGAGAGUGCAGAGAUGUUGAAGUGGCUUCCACAUGCUUUUGAUUCAACCAUCGAGGAUCAGAAGAUUAGGGAAAUAGACUUCUACCCACAGGAUCUGAGAAGCAAGAUUGAUGAGAUUUCUCUAUGGCUUACAUCUCUCAUCUGCUCUGGUGUGUACAAAGCGGGAUUUGUAUCGACACAAGAAGAAUAUGAAAAGAACGUCGUGCCGCUAUUUGCUGCACUAAACAAGCUCGAAGACCUUGCCCAUAAGAACGGUGGGCCGUACAUACUAGGCGAGAAGAUGACCGAGCUGGACCUGCUGGCGUAUCCGACGAUCGUCAGAUUUGACACGGUGUAUGUUCAGCACUUCAAGACUAACCUGGGUAUGGUCCGGCAUGACUAUCCGGUGCUCAACAAUUGGCUGAAAAAUCUGUACUGGAAUGUGGAAGGGUUCAAGGAAUCGACCGACUUCAAGCACAUCAAGGAGAAUUACACCAAAAGUCACUCCGACAUCAAUCCUCAUGCUAUCACGCCUCUCGGACCUUACCCAGACGUCGAAGAGGAUUACGAAAGUGAUUGGAGCAAGCUGAAGCCUGGCAAGGUUGCACAUCCGCGAGUGCUCGAAGCAAUGAGUAAAUUGUAG